UGUAAUUAUUAGAACGAUAUUGGCAUGACUUUAUUUAUAAAAUUCUCAUGCAUCUAAUUUCUAAAUGACUUGCUCUAAGUAAACUAGCAAGAAGUAAACUAUAAAAAUUGUAUACCUGCUUUACCUUAAUGUCUCCAUCCCCUGAUUUACUGGCGGACUCCGCUCUCGUCAGACCACCUGCAGACGGCCCUGGAUGAGCACGUGCGGCGGCUGGAUGUCGUGCGCGUCCUACGUCAGAAGGAGCGGAGAGGCUUGGUCGCAGCCAGGCUGAUGGGAGCUGAGGCUGCUCGAGGAGAAGUCCUCACCUUCCUGGAUUCCCACUGCGAAUGCUUCCCCGGGUGGCUGCAGCCUCUUCUGGCCCGGAUAGCAGAUCAGCCCUCCGCUGUGGUGAGCCCGAGGAUCGCCGGCAUCCACUGGAAGGACCUUAAGUUCCGAAGGCCGGUCCCUGAACAGCGUUAUCUUGCCCGAGGGAAUUUUGACUGGAGGCUCCGGUUUGGAUGGGAGAGCCUCCCCGAAGACGAGGUCAAGGGGAGGUUGAAUGAGACACACCCCAUUAGAACUCCUACUUUUGCUGGUGGCCUAUUUUCUGUAUUGAAAUCCUACUUCCAGCAUGUUGGGACUUACGAUGACCAGAUGGAGUUCUGGGGAGGUGAGAACUUGGAAAUGUCCUUCAGGGUCUGGCAGUGUGGAGGUCAGUUGGAGAUCAUUCCUUGCUCUGUUGUGGGGCACAUUUUCCGCAAAAAGAGCCCACACUCCUACCCCAAAGGAAGGUCAGUCGUUUCUCGCAACCUGGUCCGGCUGGCUGAGGUCUGGAUGGACGACUACAAAUUUGUUGUCUACCGUUCAAACCCGAAUGCUGGUUGGAUUUUCAAGCAGAAUCUGUUCGGAGACGUCUCUGAACGUCGUGAACUCAGGGAGAGACUAAAGUGCCAGAACUUCUCGUGGUACCUGAGGAACAUUUACCCCGAGGCGUAUCUGCCCGACAUCAGGCCGGUGAAAUACGGGAAGUUGCAGAAUGUUGGUUGGAAGUGUUGCUUGGAUUUAAAGAAGAUUGAAGAUGAAUGGCUGCCAGUUCGAGAGUUCAAAUGUCGGGAUAAGGGUGAAGCACAGGAUUUUGAGUACACGUCUCAAAAAGAGGUUCGGCUCAGCAGCAAAAACACUCUGUGUCUACACGCCUCUCCUCAGCGAGCUCCCGCCUCUCUUGAAUUCUGUCGCUUGAAGGGAAAAGAAACCACAGCAGCGCCGGAGGAAGUGUGGAUCCACACCGAGGUAACAGGUGUUUCUACAUCAGCUCAAACUCUGCUGCAACACUUCUCCAUUUCCUCGUACAGUUUUCUUAAUCUGAUUGCAAUCCACUCAAGAGUUUACAUAGCUUUUUUUUUUUUUUUUUGCAGACAAACAAACUGA